UUACUCUGAUGUUUGUUGGUCUGGUCCUGGUGAGGAGUUGUAGAUGCAAUAAAAAUAGACAGGAAAGUUCCCUAUUGUCUAUCCCCAACUGAAAUGGAAACAGAAAGAAAACCAGUCAUAACAUACGCCGGGGAGCCGGCGGUGUUCCAGCAGUUGCAGAACGGCCUGGUGCAUGGCCUGCCACAGGAGUCGGUCGAGUGGCGCCGCAGCUACGGCCGCGCGCCGCGCCACGUCACCCUGGAGGCCAGCUUCGAGCCGUUCUCGGAGGCCACGCUGGUGGACGACAUGAGCACGCUGGUGCGGCGGCCGUGCCUGCACACCUUCUGGACCGACUGUCCGGACAUUGAGACGUACAAGUCCAGCACGCGCGAGUCGCUACAGUCGUGGCUGGCCCAGCUGCGGCAGCACAAUGUGGUCGACUGGCUGGUGGUGGUGGUCGAGUCGGCAGAGGCGCGCAGCAAGACCAACAAGCUGCUGCCGCGCUCCUCGGUCCUCGACAAGGUCAAGGCCGACAUCAACAGCAAACACGGAGACCGGUGUAUCACGCUGCUGGACCCCUCCAAAUCGGACUCCCGCUCGGCCGGCUCCCUGCACAGCCUGCUGACCAAGCUGCGGCACUUCCUGCUGAUCGGCUUUAACCGGGUGUUGGUGCGGUUUGAGGAUUCCAUGCGCAGCCAGCGCGAGAAGCGCACUUCGAGCGACUGGAGUUUCUGCCGGUACUUUCCGCUGCAGGAGGAGCUGGCGUUUGUGUUCGGACAGCUGGGCCUCUGUGACGAAGCGCUCGUGCAGUAUGAUGAGCUGGAUGCCCUCUUUACGCAGUUCAUACUCAACUCGUGCGCUGGAGACACGCCGCGCUGGCUGGAGACGUUCUCGCAGCCGGUCCAGGGCUGGCAGGGAUUGGCUGUUCCUGCCAGCUGCUCGGAGGAGAUGCGGAACGCCCUCUGCAAUCGAGAGAUGUCCCUGCUCGCCUUCAGGAACUACCUGUAUGCGCGUCAGUGUGUUUUGCUGAAGAAGCUGGACCGGACCCCGGAGAUCGCCCAGCGCACCAUCACCUUCCUUUUCAAUACCAUCAACGAGCUCGGCCUCAUGGGACUCGAGAUCCAGCAAGGCGGUGUGGCCUGCUGGGCGUUCGUCACCUGUAUCAACGUGCUGGACAUGUGUGCCGAGAUUCCAGCCGACACGGCUGCCCAGCAGGGCAUCGGCGUCCACACGGCCAGUCUGUACGACCAGGCGCGACUCAAGCUGUACAGUCUCGGAGAACUCUGCGGGCUGCUGCCGGGCGACGAGCCCACUUCCUCCCAGCUGCACCUGACCGUCACCCUGUCAGCCGGCAUGGGAGACAACUCGCCGGCCGUCGAGAAACUCAAGGACGCCCUGGCCGGACACGACGCCUUCCAAAAGUGCUACCUGGAACUCUCCGAGCUGGCGAUGGGUACCUACAAGCACAUGGGUCGUCUGCGGCUGGCGCGGCUGGUCGGCCGUCAGCUGGCCACGUUCCACCUGCGGCUCGGCCAGGCCGCGCACGCCGCCUCGCUGCUGACGGACGCGCUGAAAACCUACCAGGAGGAGGGCUGGGGCCGGCUGGCCGCCCAGCUGCUGCUCCAGCUGGCGCACUGCUACCAGCUGAUGGGCGACCGGCAGCGGUACACGCAGACCUGCGCCCUGGUGGCCGCCAGCGAGCACGUGCCGCACCAGACGCGGCUCGAGUUCACGGAGCGGCUGCGCGCGCCGGCGGCCGGCGCCGAGCCGCGGCUCACGCUGGCCGCCGAGGAGGUGGUGUCGGUGCGCGAGACGCGGCUGGCGGCGCCCGACUCGGAGCCCUACCCGGGCGCGCGGCUCGAGGUGCGCGUGACGGUCGAGAGCCGCCUGCCGGCGCCGGUGGCGCUGAGCCGCGCGCGCGCCGACCUGCAGCCGGCGCUGGCCGCCGAGCAGGUGAGCCGCAGCACCAGCUCGGCCAGCACCUCGAGCGCCGGCUCGGUGCGGCGCGGCGGCGUGGCGCGCCGGCCCAGCUCGCCGGCAGCCGCGGACGGGCCGGCGGCCGGCGGCGGCGAGCUCUGCCUGGAGCCGGCGCUCGAGUACAAACAGGACCGCAGUCUGAGCGCCGCCACGCUCGUCUGCCGCAACAUGUUCAAGGUGCUGCGGCGCAAGGACAGCGGUCAGCCGGCGGCGCUGGCGCGGCCCAGCCACCUGCCGGCCGCCGCCUUCCAGCAGAGUCUGGAGGCGGCGGAUGUGACGCUGCAGCCGGGCGCCACCGAGCUGGUGCUGUCUGCGCGCGUCCAGCAGCCGGGCACGUACGUGGUGCGCCACCUGCAGCUCAGCUGCCCGGCGCUCGACCUGACGCUCGACCUGGCCCGGCCGCUGCGCUUCGCCGUCAAGUCGUCUCCGCACCAGGUGUCGCUGAACAAGUCAGCCGGUGACCUGCUGGCCGGCACCGUGCAGCCGAUGACGCUGCAGAUCGUGUGCGGCAGCGAGCCGCUGCCGGGCCCCUCGGCGGUUCGCCUGCAGUGCUCGCGUGGCCUGUCGGUGCGCGCCGCUGACGGUGACCCGGCGGCGCCCUGGAGCGACGAGCUGCAGCUGCACGUGCCGCCGCUGGAGGCGUUCCAAAGCGCCCGGCUGCCCGUCUCGAUGCUGUCGCAGCUGGCGCACGUCAAGGACGGCGUCAGCGUGGUACACAAGGUGGACAUUAUCUGUCCGUGGAGCGCGGCGCCGGUCGAGGCCGAGCUGCACUUCCUCUUGCCGUUCUCUGCCGCCUUCAAGGUGCACACGUCCAACGUUAGGAAAUUCCUACAGGUGGUGAUGCACGGACUAAACACGGCCGAGUUCGAGCUGACCCGGCCGGCGCUCACCGUCGUAAACGACGCGCCCGUAGAGCUGACGCCGCUCAACGAGACGGCCGAGACACUGGUGGUGUCCAGCGAGACGAGCGUCUCGUACAUGUGGGAGAUGGUGCUGUCCAAGGAGACGCCGCCGGUCCGCAGUCAGUUCAGCGUCGAGUACCGCGCCGUUGACGCCGAGACCAGGCAGCGCUUCAAGUUCGACUUCACCGUCUCCGACUACCGGACUCUGCUGAGUGUGACGUGUCGGAUGGAGCCGCUGAAGGGCGCCGAGUUCUGCCGCUCCGGCUCCAUCUGCCAGCUGCACGUGACGGUGGCGCAGGAGGACGGCACCGCCGAGCUGCGAGCCGUCAUGUACGAGGUGCUGGCCGACCAGAACAUGUGGGCCAUCUGCGGACGCAGCUCAGGAGUGCUGGACAUGGGUCCGGACACGCGUCACGUGCUGCAGCUGGAGGUGAUGCCUCUGACGGGCGGAUUCCUGCCGCUGCCCACCGUCCGACUCAGCCGCUACAUCCCGGCCAACAAAGAGAGCACCGAGGGCCGCGCGCUGGUCACGGGCUCCAGCCUGCCGCGCCUGGAGCCGUUCGCCGCCGGCCAGGUGUACAGCGCCUCGCGGGGUCAGCAGGUGCACGUGCUGGCCACCAGCGCGCCCGGACUGGCCGACCGAUCCGCCGACGUGUCGCUCUCGUAAGGCGAUACCCCACUGCCGACCACGCGACCGACAGGCCGGGCUCGGCUGGUGUGAGUGGACCCGCGCCGGUGGAGGGUAAGACUGGAUCAACGAGGCUCCGGUGACGAUAAUUACAGUGGGCUUCCACGCCGUAACUUGUGCGAGGAACGUCCUGAGUAAAUACUUUGAGAGAAUCUAUCAUCAAAUAUGUAUAUUUUCUGUUAUAGGCGGAAUGGCUAUAUUCUGAGUAUGGCUGUAUUAUGGUGAGAUACUCGUACUGUGCUGUAUGCUCUAUUUCCGUACAAAUGCCUUUGACUGCUGUUGUGUUGAUUUUAUUAGCUAAAAGCUAUUGCUAUAUUUAUUUCUUGCUGCUCGCCGGGAGCGUGCGGACGUAUGAUGUGUCUCGUUAUUAUCUGUCUGGUCCACAUAAUGAAUGUGUGAGCGAUCUGCGGAGAAUAAGACAGCUCUACUAGAUGGGACUUCUGAGCUACACGGUUGUUUCCAGACUAGUUGUUACGGUGCUUGCCGAUCUAUAAUAUAUCCUUGUUAUGUUUCUGUACCGCAUCCCCUUAUGUUUCCGGUGGACUGGACAAGGCCUCAUGUAUGGGUCGUCCAUGAGUUCCGCCAAUGACAGUCUGGCCUUAUAUGUCGGGAUGGUGGGACGGGACAGCGCCGGCCACCGAAGCCAUCCCUCCGGCACUCUAGGUGAUCGGAUGGACCUUGGGACUGUGCGGAAAACAAGCGAGCAUGUACAGGAAUAGUUAUUACUAUUUUUAUAAUGUUACCAUGUUGGUGGAAGCACAUUUAUCAUGACAAAAUAAACGAAUGUCUGUCCGCCGUCCGGAUCUUUG